UUUUGAAUGCACUGGGAUGCACAGCGUACCUGGACAAGGUCAGACAGACAAACCGUGGAGCAGCCUGCUUGUUCACGGUUCUGUUGCUAAUACCGGAUAUUAAACGUCCAUGUUAUUCUGGGGUUCAAGUUUCAAAUGUUUUUUUCUCCUGGAGAGAAAUUCUGAACCACCUCCUUGCGUAGUUAGCAGCAACGAAAGGUGUGCCCACCGUUUUUGUUCUUGACCUGUUCUACAAGACUCAUUUGGAGAUUGAAGGCAACUUUCUAUUGAAUUCUCUUGGAAAUAUAAUUUCACUCUGCGUUGGACUGAAAAAGUUUUUUUUCGGACAGCCCUGCAGUCUGCUCGUCCAUCCAGAGGCACCAGGGGGGAAACACUGUCCCAACUUCCACCAGGCUUACAUGCGUUCUGCUUGUUAACCAAUAUUAUUAUGCAGGAUCCAAGCCAUUACAUGACGGUCAUGUAAAUGAAACAAUCGAAAAUCUAAUAAAAGAAGAAGUGCGCGCUCACGGCGAAGCGCAGCAUCAGCACCAGCGUCUGAUGCGCGUCCCCGCCCCGGUAGAGGUUGCCCGAGAUCCCGGGAAGAGGAGUUGGAGCUGCGCGAGUUAAAGUUGGGCUAAAGGGGGGUGAGAGGAUGCUGCAGAACAAUCUACGGUCUUAUUAACACAGCCUUUGCGGAGAAACGUGUACUAACUGAAGGAUGCCUUGCAAAAUACUGAGCAUAUGCCUCUUAUUUUUGGGUUUUCAACAUUGCUCAUCACGAGAAUGUGUUGAUCCACUGAUCUCCAGCCUAUACGCCUCCUCCUUCCUGGCCUCCUCCAGAUAUAACUUUCUUUACUCUGCCAAUUUUGCCAAAUUAUACGGCAGCAGUGGCUGGUCCCCGUCUCCGAGGGACAGACAGCCAUGGCUGCAGGUUGACCUGGGCAGGAAGUACCGGCUGGUGGCCAUCGCCACCCAGGGGACCUUCAACUCGUAUGACUGGAUCACCAAGUACACCCUGCUCUAUGGAGACCGACCGGACUCCUGGACGCCGUACAUCAUGAAAGGAGGCAACUCUACGCUGCCUGCGAACUGGAAUUAUUAUCAGGAGAAGAGGAAUGUCUUCCAUUACUCCUUUACUGCUAAACACAUUCGUCUGCUGCCUCUGGCGUGGAACACGGAGAAUGGAGGGAAGAUCGGUGUGAGGCUGGAGCUGUAUGGCUGCUCUUAUGAUUCCUAUGUACUACAGUACAACGGGGAUGACUCCGUGGUCUACAUGUACCCAGAGAAGAGGUCCCGUACACUACAGGACCACAUUGCCAUAAACUUCAAGACUCUGGAGCAGGACGGUCUCCUUUUACACAGCGAGGGGAUUCAAGGAGACCUCUUCACCUUGGAGUUGAAGAGAGGUCGCCUUUACCUGCACAUCAGCCUCGGAAGUAGUGUAAUACACAAGGUUGACGGUCGGACUACACUGAGUGCUGGCAGCCUUCUUGAUAAUCUGCACUGGCACUAUGUGACCAUCAAGCGCUAUGGUCGACAGGUGAACUUCACAGUGGACAGUCACACAGUCACAGCCAUCUGUAAAGGAGAGUUUACACACCUUGAUCUGGACACGCAGUUAUAUGUAGGAGGUGUGAUAGAGCAAAAUCUGCCUCACCUGCCCACAACACAAAAUUUCCGGGGCUGUCUGGAGAACGUCUUCAUCAAUGGUGUCAACAUCAUCAACAUGGCUAAAAGAGAAGAACCGGAAAUCCGCAUCCCACGGAAGAAAAAGAUGCAUUAUGCCUGCAGGGACAUUCUGCUCAAGCCGAUGACCUUUGCUGGGCCCAACAACUAUCUGCAGGUGCCGGGCUACUUCCGGAGGCCCCGCAUGUUCGUCAAGUUUAAGUUCCGCUCGUGGGACUACACGGGGCUGCUAAUGUUCACACGGUUCGCUGACGACCUGGGUGCCCUUGAGCUGGGACUGAGCGAGGGACAGAUUAACGUCACCAUAUUCCAGCCUGGGAAGAAGAAGCUCCAGUUUGCUGCAGGCUACCGGCUUAAUGAUGGUUACUGGCACACGGUGGACUUGGCAGCCAGAGACAACCUUCUGACCCUCACAAUUGACGAGGAGGAGGGCUCUCCACUGAAGAUCACUAAUCCAUUCACCAUUCGAACAGGAGACCGCUACUUUUUUGGAGGUUGUCCAAAAACCAAUAACACCAUACGGAAGUGUGAGACCAAGCUGAACCGCUUCCACGGUUGCAUGCAGCAUAUCUUCAUAGACAAUGAACAACUUGAUAUCGACAUUAUUCUGCAACGACAGUGGGGGCGCUAUGCAGAGUUGUUGUUGGGCACUUGUGGCAUCACCGAUAGAUGUAGUCCAAAUCCAUGUGAACAUGAAGGCAGAUGCAUCCAGUCCUGGGAUGACUUCAUCUGUCUGUGUGAGAACACAGGCUAUAAAGGAGAGGUGUGCCACAUGUCGGUUUAUAAAGAAUCGUGUGAGGCUUACAGACUCAGUGGCAAGUAUUGGUCUGGAAACUACACCAUCGAUCCUGAUCUCAGCGGGCCACUCAAACCAUUUGAAGUGUACUGCAAAAUGAAGUCAUAUAAAGCUUGGACGGUGAUUCUCAAUGACCGUGUGGAUGGUACAAAGGUGACUGGGAGUUCAAUAGACCAGCCGUACAUAGGAAACGUCAACUACUGGAACGCCUCCUGGGAUGAAGUGACUGCUCUAGCCAACACCUCUCUGUAUUGCGAGCAGUGGAUCGACUACUCCUGCUACAAGUCCCGUCUCCUCAACACCCCGAACGGAAGACCUUUUGGUUACUGGAUUGGUCGUAACAAUGCGAGUCACUAUUACUGGGGUGGAACCUUCAGAGAGGUUCAAAAGUGUGGCUGCGCCAUCAACCAAACCUGCACCGAUCCCAAGUUCCAGUGCAACUGUGAUGCUGACUAUAGACAAUGGUACUCAGAUAAGGGCUACUUGGACUUCAGAGACCAUCUGCCUGUUAGGAAGGUGGUGGUCGGGGACACCAACAGGACCGGCUCAGAAGCACAAUUCACCGUCGGGCCCCUCCGCUGCCAUGGCGAUAGAAACAUCUGGAAUACAAUAGCCUUCACCAAGCCCACCUACAUAACCUUCCCGACCUUCAGGCCGGGCUCCAGCGCAGACAUCUCCUUCCACUUCAAAACCUACCGUGACCACGGCGUGUUCUUGGAGAAUUCUGAUGACCAACUGCGAAACUUUAUUCGGAUAGAGAUGAAUAGCACCCAUAACCUGCUCUUUGUAUUUAUGGUUGGUGACGGCAUCGUUAACGUGACACUACGCUCACCUGUGCCUCUCAAUGACAACGAGUGGCACUUUGUUCAAGCUGAGAUUAAUGUGAAACUGGCUCGCAUCAAGGUUGAUUAUCAGCCUUGGGCUGUCACACGUUUUCCGGGUCAGACUUUCGUCACCAUGAAGUUUACGCACCCUGUCCUAGUAGGUGCCGCCAAUCGCACACUGAGGCCUUUCUUGGGGUGUCUUCGAGGGUUGCGGAUGAACGGUGUUCCCCUUGAUCUUGAGGGGAAAGUAAAUGAAGAACAGGGUAUAAGGAGGAACUGUACUGGACAGUGUCUCAAUACUUCAUUACCAUGCCGAAACAGCGGCCAGUGUAUAGAGGGCUAUGCUUCCUACACUUGUGACUGCAACAACACAGCUUUUGAUGGUUUCUACUGCCAUAAAGACAUCGGAGCGUUCUUUGAGAUUGGUUCUUGGCUGAGAUACAACAUACGGAAGAAGCCCAUAUCUGACGAAGUAGCAUGGGCCAACUGGAUGGACCCGCAUUAUGACAACUUCAGCCUCGGUUACAACGACACAGCAGAUGACAUCGAGUUCAGUUUCAGCACCGUUCACACGCCAGCCGUGUUGCUCUACAUUAGCUCCUUCGUCCAAGACUACAUUGCCAUCAUCCUCAAGAAUGACGGUAGUGUGGAUCUGAGGUAUAAGCUGGGCCUCAUAACACACAAGUACCAGCUGUCUCACCGAAACCUGGCAGACGGGUACCCCCACUACGUGAACAUCACCAGACACAACAGAACCAUUAAAACACAGGUGGAUUACAUGGAGCCCAUCGUGGAAAAAAUAGUCCUAGUGGAGGACGCUAGGUUUGACUCUCCAAAGUCCAUGUUCAUGGGCAGAGUGAUGGAGGUCGGUGACAUUGACUAUGAGAUCCAAAGACAUAAUGCUCCUGGCUUCAUAGGCUGCAUUUCCGGGGUGAGAUACAACGUCUACGCCCCGUUAAAAGCCUUCUUCCGUCCGAAUGAAACCGACCCUCCGGUAACGACGCAAGGCUACGUGUCUGAGUCCAACUGUGGCGCCUUCCCUCCCAUCCUGGGUUAUGUACCAUGGGAGGUUGACCCUUGGUUUACCACCAUAGAGUAUAUUUAUAUCCACGAUGACCUAGGCCUGUUUUGGAUAACAGUCAUAGCCAUCCUGGCGAUAAUGCUGCUCUUUGGAGGCCUGUACAGCAUCUAUGUGUAUGCGUACCAGCAGAAGGGCAGCUACCGCACCAACGAACCCAAACACCUGGAAUCCCCCAGCAGCUCCAGGCCGCUGACGGAGACCCUGAGGAGAGAGAAGAAGAAACUCCCACAAAUUGAGGAGGAGUUCAGGAGCGACUAGCAUCAGAGGACCUUUGAAACAGAGGGUGGGAAUUGACUGGGGGUUGGGGAGAGGGAAUUAGCACUUAAAACAACCACAGAUACCUGGAUUAAGUUUUCUAGUUCUGUCAUUGUCUUUUCAUUUUUUUUACAUCUUGGUUUGUGUUUGUUUCCCAGGGUUGAGUGGGAUCAGAUGCCUGGUGCUCUACACAGUUUAUGUAUUUUGGUGAGGCUUAAAAGUUCACAUCAAGCCCCGUGUUGCGUGAGUAGCAAACAAGUCUCACACUGUAUUGCAGGGUGAAAUACUGAAGUGCCUCAUGUGAGCAAGCUUGAUCUGAAGUAACAUUAUGGCUUAUUCAGAGAGGGGUUAGACACAGUGAUAUAGGAAUUUAAGGGAUGUCAUGUUACAUUUGGAACAUUAGUUGAAUAUAAUUUAACUCUUUUAACCAUUGAUUUUUUUUCCGAGCCACUUUCAAGAUCCAUUAAAGCUAAAAAGAUCUUACUGUGUAGAUCAAUUGCCAUCCAAGAUAUACCUUUUGAUGACAAUCUCCCACAACAUUGCUGAGGAUUUGUCUUGUGAUUUGAGCAGGAAGCCUAUCUGAGAACAGGCGAACUAAACCAGUGCUAAAAAAAAACAACCUCAGAUCACAGACACAAAUCUUGUGUUAAUGAAUAAAAACAUCCAACAUAGGGAAGAACGCACUGACAAGCAUGGUGCUUUAAGAAUCUACAUAUAGAGAUUGUAAAAGGUGUACACGCUUAUAUUUGUUGUAUUGCAGCCUAUUACACUGCAUUGCCUAUGAAGUAUGGCACAUGGAAGUGGUUCAGCAUUGCCAUAGUUUUCAAUAGAUACCAGUAUGCUCAGACUCUGGAACACAUUCUCAGCUGUAGCGCUUAGAGUGUGAUGAAAUGGAGACAUUGUGUACUGCAGAACUCCAAGCGCACGAUGAGGUGAUGGAGCUCAGCAGGGAGGUAGGGCGACCUACAUUUCCAAGUUGUCAUUCCUUCUGUCUUACUUCUAGUCUUUUGUGUUAUGGUCCGGCUGCCAGUAGCUUGGUGCUAAAGAGAGUUUGACUUGCGUAACAAAACGGAUCCAUCUUCCCACAAUCCUUUUCUCAUCCCUCAUCAAGAGCAGCUUUUCGGGAAACGGCUGCUCCCGGUCGCCACGUGAAGGAGCACACAUAUCAACAUACAUGCACACACAGUAACAAAUGUACAGAGGACCACAAGAGUGCAAAUGCUAAUCUUUGACUUCCAACUCAUACCGCUCUAAUAUUUUUGCGUAUUGCUCUAGGAGAGCUGACCAUGCCGUCACCGUGCUGCUGCCGCUUAUUUUUGCCGCUUUCAGUGGAAAGUCUCAAAUUCUACCCGUAAACUCCAAUGAAAUAUUCUUCUCUGACAAGGGGAAAUUUAGUUUGAUGUGUGGUGCAACCAAAGCUUCAGGCUGCCAUCGCUCACCGCAGCUCUCCUUGAUACUAAAGCCCAAUUGUGUAGGUCUAUGUUGAAAAAAUCGUAGAAAACGUUUGUAACAUAUCAGCUUUGCAUUUGUAGAGCAUGACCGCACUUUGCAGUAAUAUGCAAUAAUAUGAGCUUCUUUUGACCACCAAUGACGCUAGCGUUUAAUUUGCAGAUGCACAAUAGCAAGUAGGAUGUAAUGAAUGUAUACGUGAUUAUACAAAUAAUGUGUUCUUUUUUAAUUGUUCCUGUGAUUUCUACAAAACAAAUUGAAAACAGUUAAACAGAGUGCUUUGAAUGUAAAUCCUCUGACUGUGUAACGUGAACGCGACAUUGAAGCCCUGCUCAAGGGGUUUCAUUGUAGGCUGCUCAGCGCUAAAGGUAAACUUAUUCAUGGUAGCUUUUCAGAAUGCUCAGGAUAAGGGAAGUAAAGACCAUGUUCUCUGUAGCACUAAUACACCUCCAAAACUCAGCAUUGUUUGUUUCCACCACAAAAUAAUUGGCAAAAGCUGUGCAAAAUUGUACAGUGAAAGGAUGUAAAAACUGCAACUGCCAUAACGUCACUACUUCCUAGCAAUGUAUGAAGAUGAGUGUUUUUAAGAACGGUGCAAUGUGGUGAAUGAAUAUGAAAAGUGAGCAAACGGAGUGAACCUGUCGGUUUGGGAUUGACACCAAGAAUAGUUUGUGCUUUUGUUUAAUAGACAAUCACCACUCAAAGUCCAUAAUAGCCGCAAGCCAACCGACUUGGGCUGAUUAUGCUUUGUCGCCUAUUAGGAAUAAGUAAACAUGCAGAAUUUAAAUGUAUAAACCUCACUGUACUCAGCAGACUACGAACAUUCAGCCUAGCAGUGUCACUCACUAGUUAAUCCUGCGUGGUCCCUGGAGCGUGUGUAUGUGUGACUGAAGGGAUGCUUAGAUGUUUGUGUAUUCGUGGUUGGCCCACCAAGAUACGGAUGUGAAACAACGACUGGACAAAACUCGAUCAUGUGCACUCAUGCCAACCGUCCAUCUUACUCAUUGUCGUGCACUGACCGUGGAACAAGGAGACGGAAACGAGGCCUGCAUGUAGCUCAUAGUGUCCCUCCACGUUCAGGCUUCAGCCAUUUGCAAACUUCAAGCCUGUUGCUGCUCGUCUCCGAUGUGAAUGAAAGGGAUUAGGAAAAAAUAUAGUCGGUAGAGGGAGUCGGCCAGAAGGCUGUCAGCUCGAACCGGCUAUCUGCCGAUUCCAACAAAAUGUGUAUCUUUUCCAGGGCUGCUUAGUGCUUCCUGAAAUUUAGCCUACAAGUAAAAAUAGACUUUAAAUACAAAAAUAAAUGUUUGUAAGGUUACAUUUUGGCUAUGCGAAAGUUAUUAUUUGUCUUUAACUUUAAUUCAGGUAUGGAAAAUGCAAUACCUAAAAAGGCCUUGAUACUUUUACAUACAUACAUGAAUCUGCAGAUAGCCCGUGAUGUAAUGGAUAAUCCGGCAGGUCAGAACACUUCUCUGCACCAUCAAACAAUAAUCCUUCUGCUACAGGUAUCAGAAACCAUUAUUACAGUUGUGUUUGUGAUCACGCUGUCAUUUAGGAGUUAUUUUCUGUUUGUAAGUCAGGUUGAUUUUGUUUUGUAAUACUUUCACUGUAAAUGACCAUUACUGUGUAAAUCAAUGCAAAGCCAAACUCAAUAAAAGAAGCUUGAAGGAAA